AUGUCGAAAGCAGCAGGGCGGUUAAAAACUAUGAAGAAAACGUUCGACAAAAUCAAUCAUACCAGCAAGCUGCGAACAAACAUCCCUGCCGGAAUGGCAGUCGCCGGUCCGCCCCUUGGGCCUAUGCUGGGUCAGCGAGGUAUUAACAUAGCUGCAUUUUGCAAAGAUUUCAACGAACGGACAAAGGACAUUAAAGAAGGAAUUCCUCUACCGUGCCGUGUUGCGGUCACGUCUGACCGGGCGUAUGAGCUGACGAUACAUUCACCUCCUGCGACGUUCCUGUUGAAACAAGCCGCCGGAAUUCAACGUGGUGCGAUGAACCCAGGGAAAGAAAUUGCUGGAAAGAUCACGCGCAAGCAUUUGUACGAAAUCGCGAAGAUCAAACUACAAGAUCCGCCAAACGCUCUCCUCACGAUGGAGCAUAUGUGCAAAGCUCUUGUAGGGAUUGCUCGUACGUGUGGAAUCGAAAUAGUUAACGAGCUAGAUCCCACGGAGUACAAAGAAUUUCUCGAGAAUCGAAGACAAGUUGUAGAAGAUCAGCGCAAGGAACUUCAAGAAAAACGAGAAGCGCGCAUGUUACGUGUUGGAUAG